AGAGAGAGAGAGGGCGACAGCAUUUGGGCGCAGGCAACGCGUUGCACAGACAAAUAAGGAAAAGCAAAAGGCCAAACCGACAUGAGUCCUUUGGCAAUGCUGCCACUGGCUCUGGCUCUGGUCCUGCUCAGCGGCUGCCUCAUCCCCAGCAGCAGCGGAAGCGGGAGCGGAAGCGGAAGCAGCAACAAGCUGGGCGUCUAUAUUGAACGGGCACCGGAGUCGGCGGUGGCGCCGAAGGGUGACGAGGUGGUGUUCGAGUGCGAGCUGAAUCUGAAGCCGGAUCGCUUGGAGUGGCGAUUCCGGGUGAGCGGCGACGAGCCGUAUCGUUAUCUGGAGCCGGCCGACGGCUAUAAUGUGACCAGCAGCAAUGAGGAGCGCACCUGGAAGCUGCGCAUCUAUGUGACCGCCCAGACGCUGGGCGACUAUCAGUGCGUCGCCUGGUAUGGACCCGGCGCCAUUGCCUCGACGCCGGCCCGGCUCACGCUCGUCUCGAUUGCCAUUGACAAUCCGAGCAGCGGCUACGGCCGGCACGCGGUGCGCUGGAGCGUGGCGCCCAAGAAUUGUGUGCUGCUGCGCUGCGGCUCGGUCACCUCCAAUCCGCCGGCGAUCUGGAGCUUCUAUCGCAACGGCGAGAAGCUGCCGCAAACGGAGCUGCUGCCGGGCGCCGCCGGUGCCCUGGUCCUGAACUCGGUCAGUGGCAAGGAUGCGGGCAACUAUACGUGCGCGGCAACGAAUGCCAUAACCGGCGUGGAGCUGCGCCUGCCGCAGGUAAUUGAUUUGCGUGUGGACUAUACGGAUCGGACGCCGCCGUAUUUUCUGCUGCAGCAGCCGGCGACACAGGUGGCCGCACGGCCCGGCGAGACGGUUGUGCUCGAGUGCCCAGGUGUUGGAUCGCCGCCUCCGGGCGCCGUCUGGAGCAGUCCCAAUGUGCCCAAUAUCUAUCACAAUCGCAGCCGGGUGCUCGCCUACGGUCUGCAGAUCAGCGAUGUCCGGCCCGAGGAUCAGGGCUCCUAUGUCUGCCGCCUGGACAAUGGCAUUGCGCCCGUUCUGGUGCACAUGAUCAAGCUGAGCGUGCUCGAGCGUCCGCGCAUCCUGCACGGCCCCAACACCACCCUGACCAAUGAGGGCGAUCCCCUCUCCUUGGACUGCAACGCCACCGGGCAUCCACAGCCGGAGAUCUAUUGGCUGAUCAACGGCGAGGAUGCCAGCGCCGACAACGAGACGCUUGUCGAGCAAAAUCGUCUCCAUAUCCGCCAUGUCCAGAAGCGACAUGCCGGCGUCGUCCAGUGCUUCGCACGCAAUCAGCUCGGCGAGACGAGCGAGGGCAAUAUUUUGCGCGUGAAUCCCACGCAGCUUAGCGGCGAGGAUUAUCAGCCGCUGGGCGAGGUGCCGAUGCGAUCGCCCCACGAAUCCGGCAACGGUGGCGGCGGCUCCUCCUCCUCCUCCUCCUUUUCCGGCUAUUCGCCGUCCGGGUCGGGCAACUUUGGCGGCGGUUCGCGCAACAAGAAGCGCAAAUACAUGAGAGUUGCCAAUAUGGUGCCGCCAUCGCGACCCAAUGUCACACGCCUGGCCGACGACGCCGUCAUGCUGCGCUGGAAUGUGCCCAAAAACGACGGCCUGUCCAUACAAUUCUUCAAGGUGCAAUACCGCAUGCUCGGCAAGAUGCCCCGCGAGAACUGGCAGACAACCAACGAGAAUAUACCCUAUGGCAAGCAGCAGCGGGACAGGGAACGGGAUCGCGAACGCGAUCGUGACCAUCAUCAUGAGCCGGCGUAUGCUGGCGUCAAGAAUUUCACGUCGUCGGUGACGGGUCUGCGACCGGAUCGCAAUUAUCGCUUCCGGAUCGUGGCCGUCUACUCGAACAACGACAACAAGGAGGGCAACACCUCGGCCAAGUUCUUUUUGCAGCGCGGCGCCGCCAAAUCGAAUCUGCCGGUGCCCCAGUUGCGCGACAUUGAGCCCUACUCCGAGUCUGCGGUGCUCCUCCACUGGACACUGGCCCCGAUGCCCGCCCAGCAGCACCAGAUCGAUGGCUACUACGCCUACUACAGGCCGGCCGCCUCCGCCGCCGAGUACCUAAAGGCGACCGUCGAUGGCGGCCAUGCGCGCCGCUUCAAAAUCGACCAGCUCGAGCCGGGCACCGCCUACGAGUUCAAGCUGCAGACGUUCAAUGCGCACGCCGCCUCCGACUUCAGCGAGAUCAGGCAGGCACGCACGCUGAAGAUCUCCAGCCAUGCGGGCAGCGGCGCCUCCUCGCCCGCCAUUGUGCCCGUCUCGAGCGGCGGCUCGGGCGAGCAGCAGAAUUCCAUUUAUCCGGUCAUCGCUGGCGCCGCCGGCGGUGGCUUGCUGCUGCUCAUUGCCAUUGCCGUUGCCUGCCUGUGCCUGCGCCGGCGCAACAGUGCCCAACCCGAGGACGAGAACAAGCCGCAAUUGGAUCACAUUCAAGCCGAUUUCGUUACGUCCGCCGUGCUCGGCGUGGCGCCCCAUCAUGGCCACAAGC